CCGCCCUCCCCCGCCCCGCCCUACCCGGGUGGUGGGCGCCGCGCCGCCGUUCCCAGGGCCGGGACCGCGUCGGGUCACUGGGGAGCACCGGGGCGAAGGGGGCAGUUUUUCAGAAACCAAAAUACCGAGCCCGCUUUGAGAGCUGCCGGGCCUGCCGCGGCCCUCGUCCUUCCCGAGCCGCUUCCCGGUCUCCCAACUCGGCAAGCCCGGUUCGCGAGCGUGUAUUCCGGGCCCCUCCGCCGGGGGUGGGCACGGCCGCGGCGCGCACGUGCCGGGUGGUGCGGGGCCCGGCGCCGGCCGCCGGGACUCGCUCUGCUGCGGCCGUUUACUGCCCACGCCUAGGGGAGGGGCCCUAUUUGGAGAGUUUUCUGUCGGGCCGAGGGGGGAUCAUUGAGCUUUUGCGGACGUAUAUUGCAUUUAGGAUUUGGGCGGAGAGAGCAAGGUUUCAGUUGAGGAGCUUCCGAAGUAUAAGGAAUAGGGCGAGCAGACAGGACUGAAGCGUUUGGCAGCGUAAAGCAGCUUGGCUUAGCUUUAAGGAUUAGGGAGAGAUGGCUAUCUAGCAUGAUUACAUGUUAUUGUUCCUUUGCUAUUUUAUACACCUAAGACAACCUUUCCCUCGGGGUCAACAGACAUCUUCCACUGUGUUUUCCAUGUGGCUCCUGACUCUGACCUUUGUUUUUAGGAGGCUUACCUCUUCCGAGGAAACUGGGAGAAGCCAAUUUCCACUGCUUCCUUUUCCUGUGCCUUUUAACACUCAAAUCCAGAGCACUUAAUCCUCUGCAGCUCCUGCAGAAAUUCAGCCUGUAAUUUAAAAUGUGUGCACGGUACACUGCUGAUCGUGGGCAUGUCUGUUGUUUGUAUCUGUAAUGUGUAUGUCCAUUUCAGUGUUGUCUGUUUUAGUAUGCAGGUGAUAGACUAGAGAACAAGACCGCUGUCUCCGUAGCAUCCUGGCCUCAUUUCCACCAUCUACAUGGCAGCCUCCAUUGGCACAGACUUCUGGUAUGAAUAUCGAAGUCCAGUUCAAGAAAAUUCCAGCGAUUUGAAUAAAAGCAUCUGGGAUGAAUUCGUUAGUGACGAGGCAGAUGAAAAGACUUACAAUGAUGCACUUUUUCGAUACAAUGGCACGGUGGGAUUGUGGAGACGGUGUAUCACCAUAUCCAAAAACAUGCAUUGGUAUAGCCCACCAGAAAGGACAGAGUCAUUUGAUGCGGUCACAAAAUGUGUGAGUUUCACACUGACGGAGCAGUUCAUGGAGAAAUUUGUUGAUCCCGGAAACCACAAUAGCGGGAUUGAUCUACUUAGGACCUAUCUAUGGCGCUGCCAGUUCCUCCUGCCUUUCGUGAGUUUGGGUUUGAUGUGCUUCGGGGCUUUGAUUGGACUUUGUGCUUGCAUUUGCCGAAGCUUGUACCCCACCAUCGCCACGGGCAUCCUCCAUCUCCUGGCAGGUCUGUGUACACUGGGCUCAGUAAGUUGUUACGUUGCUGGAAUUGAACUGCUCCACCAGAAACUAGAGCUCCCUGACAAUGUAUCGGGUGAAUUUGGAUGGUCCUUCUGCCUGGCUUGUGUCUCAGCUCCCUUACAGUUCAUGGCUUCUGCUCUCUUCAUCUGGGCUGCUCACACCAACCGGAAAGAGUACACCUUAAUGAAGGCGUAUCGUGUGGCAUGAGCAAGAAACCGCCUGCUUUACAAUUGCCAUUUUAUUUUUUUAAAAUAAUAACUGAUACUUUCCUCACCCCCCUCUCAGUUGUUUUUAAUUUUUAUUUGUGGAUAUACCGUUUUAUUAUGAAAAUCUAUUUUAUUUAUACACAUACACCACUAAAUACACACUUAAUGCCACUAAAAUUUAUGUGGUUUACUUUAAGUGAUGCCGUCUUUCAGAUAAACUAAUAUAGGUCUAGACAGAAAGAAAUGGAUAGAGACUUGACACAAAUUUAUGAAAGAUAAUUGGCAGAGGAAUUUGACCCAAGCAAGUUCUGCUAAUGUCUGUUAGACUUUGCAGUAAAACUAAAGUAACUAACUAUUCAACUGAAAACUCUCUAAUAGUUUCUCUGGGAAACCUCUCAUCAUUGUCCAGACUUCCUGUUCACUUGGCUGUUGUAGAUAGCCAGUCAGCCAGCAGUAUUAGUGCUGCUUUCAAAGACUUAAGCGCUAUAAAAUUGGGAAAUUAUCUAAUGUCAUUUUCCCUAAGCAUUGGCACAUAGCUUCAUCUGAGGUGAGAUAUGGCAGCUGUUUAUAUCUGCACUGUGUCUGUCUACAAAAAGUGAAAAUUACAAUGUUUACUUGAAAUUUUAACUUUGUAACUGCAAGAAUUCCAAUUCAGCCAGACAAGGAUUAAGAUGAUUAUUUUUAACUCUCCAUAAAAUUUUUCGUACCACCAAAUCAUUUGGGAUGUUUUUCCUUUCCUCUUCACAUAGCAGGGUUAUUGAAAGUGUGCUUUCUUUUUAACAUUACAAUGCAGUUACAAAGUAACAUUCCCCAACUGCUAUUUACUCUAGCUCGGUACCAUAAAGAACGGUUCACAAUAAUGACCCUCCAGAGCUGGGAAACCUACCACAAGAUCUAAAGUUUGGCUGUCCAUCAACCUCCAACUAUGGUCUUUAUUUCUUGUGGUAAUAUGAUGUGCCUUUCCUUGCCGAAAUCCCUUCCUGGUGUGUAUCAAUUUUAUUUAAUGUCUUCUAAUUCAGUCAUUUUUAUAAGUAUGUCUAUAAACAUUGAACUUUAAAAAAUCUUAUUUAUUUAUUCCACUACUGUAGCAAUUGACAGAUUUUAAAAAAAAGUAACCUCAUAAUUUCUUACCAUAACCUAAAUGUCUUUUUUUAAAAAAUAAAAUUGAAAAUGAAAAGGACU